AUGAGUGCUUCUUAUUUGUUAAAACCACGUAUGCAUUCAUCGAUAUGGAAAGCAAACAGAGCAGCUCUUACAAGGGAUGAAGACUGCGCCACUGCCGCACCGACCAUAGGCACAGCAUUUAGAGAUAUCAACACCACUACGCCACAAAGCAAACAUUCGUCAGCAAUCUUCUUUAUUCUCAUAAAAUUUUUCACUAUACAUGUUCUUCAGUCGUGCGCUCACAUUCAUCUUCUUCCAAAUGAGCGGCCAGCAGUGCCGAUCCAACUGCAUUACUUGUGCUCAUUGAUAAAAGCCUUUUGUUGCGCCAAAUUAAGCGGCAACGUCACAAUAAGAAGCACGAGGCGUAGCCAGAGACUCACACGGCAGCAGGAUCGGCAAGAACGGGACCCCAUGACGACGAGGUUGUAA